AGGAAUAAACACAUCUUGGACUUAUUGAUAAAUCACAGCCGAAUCAGACUCUACAGAUGACAUAUCGUUGCGAGGAGUAGUAACUUUCUGACCUAUCGAGUCUGUUAAAGGCUCUAUGGUGACAUUGGUGUCAUUAAGUAGACCCACCAACUGUACGGGGUCACUAAUGUCAAGGAUGUUGACUGCAGAUGGCUGUGAAUUUAAGGGAGUAGCGACCAAACAUUCAUCUUCUGUACUAUUCAUGCUUGUCUCAACAUUAACUGGAAGAUCACCUGUUGCAUAUACAUCAGCAAAAAUUCCUUUGGAAAUGGAAGCACUGUCAGAAUAUGCAUCAAACAGCAGCAGCUCUAUAAUGAGUCUUGAUAAAAGUGACACUAAUCAAAGUGCUGAAGGGGCGGGAAUUGCAGAGGGACAAAAUAAAGAUGUCAAAACUGAAAAGGAAACUUUGAGGGUUUUUUCUCAGAUAUCUGAGAUGAGAGACAAGAGUGCUAUGGAUACUGUUAGUUCAGUUGAUAAGGAUUUAGAGAAAGGUGUUAAUGAAAUGGAUGAUGAUCUAACAGAACUAAAUAGUGAACUGUUGUCAAAACAAAUGUCAAAAGUUGUGACACAGUUAGAAAAACAGGUUCUUGAUGAUGGAGGGAAGGAUAGGGGUUAUUCAAAGAAAUCUCAAGUAAAGAAAUUCCAUACUGAUUCAAUAGAUUUGACUGUUGCUGAGAAUGUUAAAACAAGAGAUGAAGAUAUCAAAACAAGUGAUGCUAGUAAUUUGGAAAUAGCUGGUAAAGAAGAUAUUGAAAGGGAGGAGGUAAAUACAACUCUGGACAACAUGGACAAUCAGGAUAACAUGUUUAAUGAUGUUCAGAUAAAAGUGAUAGAUGUACCAGAUGAUGAUGAUUUGUUUGACUUCCUCAAGCAUCCAGCUGAAUCAGAUCAAAUGAAUGACUCCAGCAAGUGGCCUAAUGAUCCAGAUCAGAUGGAUGAAUCAUCAAAUAUCAGCGAUGCCCAACAGAAUCAGGAUCAUAACGAUAUACGGAAACGUGAGUUAUAUCGCUUCCUUACAGCAAAUGACCCCACACAGAUUCACUCGAGUGAAGUGACACCAUACCAGUCAGGUGACGAGAACAAGUCGGACAGUGAAUCUAGCGGCAGAUCUGGAUCAACAGAAGAACUUUCUAGUGAAUCUGACAAUGAACAUGAGGAAUCUGUUCAUCAACAUACACAAAACAUGGAGGAAAUUGAAAGCCGACCAAUAACUCCUGUUGAGGAAGAGCUUGUAGAAGUGCCUGUCAAAGUUAGACGGAAGCCAGGACCCAAACCGAGAGCUGAAAAACCAGCCAAGAAACCAAAAUUGGAACCAGGACAGCUUACAGAAAAGACACUGGAAAAGCUUGAAAAAUGUAAAAUUGCAACACAUAAAUGGCUGAAAGAUUUACAAGUACCAGAACAAUUAUCAUUAGAGAAUACAUUACGCUUUGACAUUGUCGACCUGAACCAGUAUCUGACAUGUGGGCUGUGUAAGGGGUACCUGUAUGAAGCAUCCACAAUCACAGAGUGUAUGCAUACAUUCUGUAAGAACUGUAUAGUACGACAUUGUAUGGAGGUGAGCCUACACUGUCCUGUCUGCAACAUUCUAAUACAUCCCACAGACCCAUUUGUUCAUAUCAGGUUAGACAGAAUGAUACAGGAUAUUGUGUACAAGAUUCUCCCAAAUGUUGCUGAAACCGAGAUGAAGAACAUCCAGGCAUUCUAUGAAGCCCAUCCUGAAGAUAAACCAAAAGAAAUAAAGGAAGAGCCAGCCAAAGACAUCACCCCGCCAAAAGAGAAGGAAGUAAAGCCACCAAGAAGUCAGCCACAGAUGGUCUCUCUCUUGUUGGAAUCUGAAAGUGAUACAGCAGAGCCUGAGAGUAUUGAAAAUUUAGAGAAGAAAUUUGUCAGAGUGACGGGUAGUGCAACAGUGGCCAAUGUCUGUGAAUUCCUCAAGAACAAGCUGAGUCUAGAGGACAGUAAACAGGUUGAUCUGUUUUGUUGUGGAGAUGCUAUUGAAGAGGAUAACUUUACCUUGGAGAAAAUCAAGAACAAGUUCUUUGGUGAUGAGGACUGUUUAAUGUUACUACAGUAUAAAGUGAGGGAAACUUGAAGUGUUGUUUGCCAUAUUGUUGUAGAAAUACUACCAAAUGUGUUCAGUCUAUAUCAGACAUUAGUUCAGGUACACAUAGUUAACAAAGGAAUGGAGUUACUUCAUCGCAGUAGACAGUAGUUAAAGGGAAAGUUAUGACCAAGCCGGAAACCAGGAGAUGAUCAAGGAGAGGUAUAAUACCGUUAACAAUGAGAUAUGAAUCGUAACAGUAUUUUGUGUGUAAUGUAAUGGAUACCAUUGGCAUUGUAUGGUACUAAAGCAACAAAUAAUGUAUCAAGAUGCAGCUGUUUUUGGGAAAUCAGCAAACAACUUACAAGUGUAAAAAUUGAAAUACAGUAAACCUGUUACACGUUUUACUUUUUGCUUUCCUAGCAAAUAUAUGAAGAAGGAAUCGUUGAAAUAUAUGGAAGAGCUUAGCGGGUGUUAUUUGUUGACUCAAUAUUUCAAAAUUUUGAUUUAUAAAUCAAGUGCACAACAUGUAGGUAAUGAAUGCGUCUAUGUAAGACCUACCUUGGUCUAUAGAGCUACUUUAGGUAACAACUCUUUAUAUCAAACUGUAGCCAGGACACAUACCCGUAUGUUCCUGUAUAGAAUGGGUGCAUGUAUGUUGUCAUUUGUGUUAAUAACACACAUCUGGCACUAAGGCUGUUACUUCUAAAAGUAAAUUGUUUUAAAAAAAUAUUGAUCGUUUACUUGUGAAAUUUGGUGAAGACUUAAGUAUAAUGUUAACGUCUCAAAUUAAUUAUUAUGAAUAUAUCAUUAAAUGUAAACUUGU